AUGGCUCCCUCCAGCGGCGCUGCUCGGGGCCAAUCCUGCCGCUGGAUUCUGCUUCCGCUUCUUUUGCGAUGCACACUUUCACAGACGGACAUGGACGACUUCCUUUUCCACCCAGGGAAGCCGGUGGUCAUCAACCUGGGGCCGCUGAUGGAAUCGGACCUGGGCCAGGCGUUGCAUGAGAUGCUCGCAGGACCUGGGCCAAGGACCGAGCUCCCUGAGAGUUAA